AUGAAGUUCCUCGCCGUCUCGUCCGUUCUCUCCCUCCUCGCGGCAACAUCGACCGCUGCCCCUCCAAAGGCGCUUGAUGUCGAUAUUCUCUCCCACCUCGCGUCGUCGACCGCUCCCCUGCCAAAAGGUCUUGAGCGCCGCUGGGAGGCUGGCACAUGUUCCGUCCAUCUCAGCAUCGAAUAUCCUUUUGAUAAAGAUGCCAUGUGGGAUGUUAAUGCAUCAGUAUACGACAAUGCAGGAACACUCACGGGCGAGGCCGCAUUCCCAAGGACUUUUAUCAACAACUACAACGGCGUCUAUGGUGCCAAGGAUGUGGGCUUGAAUGAUCGCCUCUGGAUGAUGGCCUGGCACAACAACACUGCAAACGUUGCUUUGAUGCAAUAUGAGCAAGUUAUUAUCCAGACUGGAGCCCCUGGAACUACGAGCCAUAGUAAGGAGGAUGAGGCGGGCCCAUGGGCGUGUGAGAAUGGGCUCCUCGUGGACGGAUACAAGGUUGAAUCAACCUGCACUUUCGCGUGCUAA